GAGCGCUGACGUCCCGAGCAGUGCUGGGAAGUAUAGGCUGUGUUGUCACGCCGGUGUCAGUCUGAUGAAGAUUGGCAUCAGGUGAAGUCUGGAGCAGGACUCUGAGGCUUUCUGUCCUCCAUGCCACUCAUCAGAAGAGGGACUGUGAACUAUCCUUGAUGUGAAUCAAUCCCAUGAUGCAACAUGCCUCCCCAGCCCCAGCUCUGACGAUGAUGGCCACGCAAAAUGUCCCUCCCCCACCCUACCAGGACAGUCCACAGAUGACGGCAACUGCUCAGACACCCUCUAAGGCCCAGGCUGUCCAUAUCUCCGCACCCACUGCUGCUGCCAGCACUCCUGUGCCCAGUGCCCCCAUUGACCCCCAGGCCCAGCUGGAGGCUGACAAGCGAGCUGUGUACAGGCACCCUCUUUUCCCGCUUCUGACGCUGCUGUUUGAGAAAUGUGAACAGGCCACCCAGGGCUCAGAGUGCAUCACCUCCGCCAGCUUUGACGUGGACAUCGAGAACUUUGUCCACCAGCAGGAGCAGGAGCACAAACCCUUCUUCAGCGAUGACCCAGAACUGGACAAUCUGAUGGUGAAGGCAAUCCAGGUCCUGAGAAUCCACCUGCUGGAGUUGGAGAAAGUCAAUGAACUCUGCAAGGACUUUUGUAACCGUUACAUCACCUGCCUCAAAACCAAGAUGCACAGCGACAACCUGCUCAGGAAUGAUCUCGGGGGGCCCUACUCCCCCAACCAGCCCUCCAUAAAUCUUCACUCACAGGACCUCCUGCAGAAUUCUCCCAAUUCCAUGUCCGGAGUCUCCAAUAACCCCCAGGGGAUUGUGGUCCCAGCCUCAGCGCUCCAGCAGAGCAGCAUCGCCAUGACAACUGUCAACUCACAAGUGGUGUCAGGUGGAGCCUUAUACCAGCCAGUUACCAUGGUAACCUCCCAGGGUCAGGUGGUCACCCAAGCAAUCCCCCAGGGAGCCAUCCAGAUCCAGAACACACAGGUUAACCUUGACCUCACUUCCCUCCUGGACAAUGAGGAUAAGAAGUCCAAGAACAAGCGAGGAGUCUUGCCCAAGCACGCCACCAAUAUCAUGCGUUCUUGGCUCUUCCAGCAUCUCAUGCAUCCCUACCCCACGGAGGAUGAGAAAAGGCAGAUCGCGGCCCAGACAAACCUCACCCUCUUGCAAGUCAAUAACUGGUUCAUCAAUGCCCGGAGGCGCAUCCUGCAGCCCAUGCUUGAUGCCAGCAACCCAGACCCUGCCCCUAAAGCCAAGAAGAUCAAGUCCCAGCACCGGCCCACCCAAAGAUUCUGGCCCAACUCCAUCGCCGCGGGGGUGCUGCAGCAGCAGGGCGGCGCCCCGGGGACAAACCCUGACGGCUCCAUCAGCUUGGACAACCUGCAGUCCCUGUCCUCAGACAAUGCCACCAUGGCCAUGCAGCAGGCCAUGAUGGCCGCACACGACGACUCAUUGGACGGGACAGAAGAAGAGGAGGAGGAUGAGAUGGAAGAGGAGGAGGAAGAGGAACUGGAGGAGGAGGCUGACGAGCUUCAAACGACGAAUGUCAGUGACCUGGGCUUGGAACACAGUGACUCCCUGGAGUAGUUGGCAGCCCAGAUGGCACUGAUCAUCCAGCAGGAGAGGAGUGUCGUCAGGGGGUUUCCGGGUGGGGGGGAAGGGGACAUGGGCAGGCGGCACCGAGGAAGUUGGGCCCUUGCUUCCCAGAAUCAGUAGCUUGACAAAAUGCAGAGGAGACACCUGCUCCUUCCCGACCACCGAGCUUCUCUGACCCCAGCGCUGCUUCCCCGGAACGCAGAGGACUCUGGGGGGCCGGCCACGCAGCCCUACGGACAGGCAGGAGUGAGACCUGGAUCCAUCGACCCCCGAGGACAGAUGGCACCCGAAGGCCCUGGCGGAAGGAGUUGAUGGUUUACAGCCCUGCACUGAGGCAGAGCAGUGCUGUCCGCAGAGAGAGGCUCUGCCGGGGACAGAGCAGGAGAAAAGGCAAACACACUGGGGCUCCGCCCCACCCCCUGAGAGACAUUCAAGGGCAGGAGCGACAUCUUGCCAGUGGCUGGAGGAGUGGGAGGGGCUGCAGCAUCACAUCUUGCAGGUCAGAGUGAGACCUGGGUUCCCAGGGCUCCAGCGAAUUCUUCCCAGGCCCAUCUCUGGGUUCAGGCAACAUGGACUUGGGAGAGAGGGAAGGAGCCACCAGUACCUAUCUCUCUCUCUCUUUCUCCCUCCCUCCUUCCCUCUCUCCCUGUGAAAAGAGUGGUAAGCUGGGCUCAAAUUGCAGAUUUAGAGGGGUCCCUUCACCUGGGUCUUCAGGGCCCAAGGAGGUGGCAGAACCUGAGCUAGGAGGUGCGUCAAGGUGACAUUGGGAGUGACAGCUGUUCUAGGUGUUCACAGAACUCGGCUCCUGUAACGACAGGACAAUGGUGUCUCAUCCCAGAUGUGCCAGCUCAGACCGAGCUCCGCACACGCUCCACCCCCCACAGACCAUCAGAGAGGGUGGAGCCAGGUUAGCUGGGACCUCUCCACCCUCCAGGCCCCCAGCUGAUGUGCUGCUCCAGGCCGGCUUCAUCAGCCUCCAUCCUCUCCUUCAUUUUAUCCUUCAGAGAAACAGUGGAGAGAAGCAUCCAGCCCAACGAGAAGCCAGGGGUUGGAGAAGGUGCUACAUCCCUCCUCCCAUCAAUUUCCAAAGUGCGGGGAGGGCACCCAAGAGCCAAGCGGUGCCUCCCCCCACCCGCCUCACUAGCCUGCACACCACCUGACACAGGGCACUGGGGGAACUGGGCUCCCGCAGGAGAAGCUCUCCAUCUGCCCUGACACACCUCCCCCCCCCCCAACUUCCAGUCCCCAUGAUUGGCACCUCCUCCUGCUCCCUCCCACCCAAUGGCUGUGAAGACAGGACCGACUACACGUGUUUCCCAUUUGAUUUAAUUUAAUGGACGUGCAGUUUCAUUUGUCAGUUGUGCAUUGGCCGUCUCCCUCAGUGGCAGGACGUGAGUGGCCACCUGGCUCAACUCGAGGGGACCCUCUGGGGACUUCCCCUCCCCCACCUCGUUGGGUGGAGCAAAAGGAUGGUCGCUUUCCUGAGGUCUCCCUAAAAUGAAUGUAUUUCUCCCCCAAAAGAGCUGAUAUUUAAUGUUUUACUAGGGAUUUUUGAGAAGCAAAUAACCUUAUUUAUAAUCUUGGUAAUUCGAUCAUUUUUUUACUCCCUUUUGAUGCCACAGGUAAAGUCUAGCUUUUUUGGCAAUGUGCAGUGGGAUAAAAUACAUUUCCUUUCCUGAUUCGUUUAUCUUGUUAACACAUAAACACACAAACUCACACGCGCACACACCCACUUUCCACUUUGGACAGGCACCCAGCCCAGCACAGGCACACCGCACACGCGUGCCCACACCCUCCUCCCCGCCCCUCCACCUGCCUCAUGUUAUGCAGCCUCCUUCUGAUGUAUCCACCAAACCAGUCCUGAAUGUGGCUGAGAAGUUUCCAGUAAAUCUUAUUACC